AUGGGCAGCGGAGUCAGCUCUGAGUCUAAAGAAUCAGCCAAAAGGUCAAGGGAACUUGAAAAAAAGCUCCAGGAAGAUGCUGUGAGAGAUGCCAGGACAGUGAAAUUGCUCUUACUAGGUGCUGGAGAAUCAGGGAAAAGCACAAUUGUGAAACAAAUGAAGAUCAUCCACAAACAUGGCUACACAGAGCAGGAGUGCCGAGAGUACAGAUCUGUGGUUUACAGCAACACUCUGCAGUCUAUGCUGGCGAUUGUGAAGGCAAUGUCCACCCUUGGGAUCGAGUAUGGAAAUGCACAAAGGAAAGAAGACGAAAAGCAGCUUUUUGCGCUAGCAGAUUCCAUGGAGGAUGGCACCAUGUCUCCAGAACUGGCUGGAAUAAUCCAUCGGUUGUGGAAGGACCCAGGGAUCCAGGCCUGCUUUGAAAGGGCAUCGGAAUACCAGCUCAAUGACUCGGCUGCCUAUUACCUCAAUGAUUUGGACAGACUAACCACCCCUGGCUACAUACCAAAUGAGCAGGAUGUCCUUCGCUCACGAGUCAAGACUACAGGGAUUAUUGAGACUCAGUUUUCUUUCAAGGAUUUACACUUCCGGAUGUUUGAUGUGGGAGGGCAAAGAUCUGAGAGGAAAAAGUGGAUACACUGCUUCGAAGGUGUGACUUGCAUCAUCUUCUGUGCUGCCCUCAGUGCCUAUGACAUGGUCCUUGUGGAAGAUGAAGAAGUGAACAGAAUGCAUGAAAGCCUCCACUUGUUCAACAGCAUCUGCAACCACAAGUACUUUGCAACCACUUCUAUUGUGCUGUUUCUGAACAAGAAAGAUCUCUUCCAAGAGAAGAUAGCUAAAGUGCAUCUCAGUGUCUGUUUUCCAGAAUACAAUGGAUCAAACACCUUUGAAGAUGCUGGAAAUUACAUCAAGAACCAGUUCCUAAAUCUGAACAUAAGAAAAGACGAUAAGGAGGUAUAUGCUCACAUGACUUGUGCUACGGACACCCAGAAUGUUAAGUUUGUCUUUGAUGCUGUGACAGACAUCAUCAUCAAAGAAAAUCUGAAGGAUUGUGGUCUCUUCUAA